AUGGCUUCGUACUUGGCGUCGAUCUACGGCACCGAACAGGACAAGGUCAACUGCUCUUUCUACUACAAGAUCGGCGCAUGUCGUCACGGGGACCGCUGCUCGCGCAAGCACAUUCGCCCUCCAUACUCGUGUACGCUUUUGCUCUCCAAUGUCUAUCGCAACCCGCGCCACCACGAGCAGGACUGCGCCAUCACCGAUGCGGAGCUGCAGGCGCAAUUCGACGAGUUCUACGAAGACAUGUUCUGCGAGCUCGCCAAGUACGGCGAGCUGCAGGAGAUGCACGUCUGCGACAAUGUGGGCGAUCAUCUCAUCGGCAACGUGUAUGCGCGGUACAAGUACGAGGCGGAUGCGCAGCUCGCCGUGGACGCACUCAACGACCGCUGGUACGACGCCAAGCCGCUGUUUGCAGAACUGAGCCCCGUGACCGACUUCCAGGAAGCCUGUUGCCGGCAGAACGAGACCAACGAGUGCAACCGCGGUGGAUUCUGCAACUUUAUGCACCUCAGGUAUGCCUCGACACCGCUGCGCAAGCAACUCAACCACCAGCUGGCCGUCGAACUCAGGAAGCGCAAGGAGGAAGCCAAGGCCGCAGCUGCUGCUGCAGGGUCAACGCGGAAGCUCGGAUGGAAAGAAAGGCUUGCACUGGACCAAGGCGAGGAGCUGUCUGCGGGAGAUGCGGAGGAUGCAGAGGCGCCACCGAAACGCGACUGGCGCAGCGGUCAGUCGGGGGGAGACUGGCGAAGUCAGCCCAAAGCCGACACAGGGAUUGAAGACGCCUCCGACGCGCCACAACAAGCUCAACAGGAUGAUCCAUGA